AUGUCUGGAACACAAGACGUCACUCGCGAUGGCUUCACCUCCGCCUACGGCCGGUUCUGCACCACGCAGGGCCGCAUCGAGCGCGUAGACGGCGCCACUCUCAGGUCAAUCUUCCUACCCAAGCUCAGCCGCAGCGGCCAGCAGGCGAUGCGCGGCCGGCCAGACUUCGUUCGCGGACAGCUCCACCACUAUGAUGCGGGGCAGUGCGACACGGUGCCGCCGCAUCGCCUCGCGUUGGAGGCGCAGCUGCACCGCGAAUGGCUGGCCACCCGCACGCCGGAGCAGCUGUCCGGACAGCCGCAUUGGGUCAUCCAGAAGUACUUUGGGAAUGAUCCUGAGCGCCCGGAUCGCAGCAUCACCAAGACGGUAGUGGGGAUCUCGUUCCCGUGCACCAGCGAGUACCGCGCGAGUCAAAUGCGCGAGGCGGCUGAGAAGGUGGUCGGCCUGCACCUUGAGACGGCUCGCGGCCCGCAGACCAAGGUGAUCUUCAAGGGGUGGAACAAGGCUGCGGUGGGGAAGGCGGCCAAGGGCCAUGCAGCAAAGGAGAAGAAGGAGAUCGAGGCUGCGGAGCGGAAGCGGGAGACGGACCGUGCAAAGCUACACGCGGACUAUCGGCGCCCAACUCGGAAGGCUCAAUCUCCUGUGGGGAGCUUCAUUGUCGACUGUGAGAAGAUCAAAGACCAGUGGCCCAAGGAUGCGGAUGGUUUGACUCUAGACAUCCACGAAACAGCGACGCCUGGCGUCUUUGGGGCCGGGUUCUAUUUUGGGACUCUGGAGGGUGCCAUGAUCAUUUGUGCGGAUGAGGAGGAGGGCUUAAUCGAUGAUAACUCGGAUGACAGUGGGGUUGAGGCGGAUGGAAGCCCCAAUGUGGGAGUGAAGAGGAAGAUGCCAUUGAGGGGCUGUGAGACGGGUGAGGGUGAGAUCUUUCAUGAGCCAGAUGAUGGAAGUAUCAAGUUCAAAGACGGCAAGUUCGACAGCUUUAAGGGCCAAGCCAACAUGAUGUUUAUUGGCGAUGGCAUAGCCAUUACUGGACGAAAAGUCUCUGAUACGCCUGGCUCUGGUGGAGGAUUCUGGGACGAGUACUCGUGGAGACACCAUGAGAAUGCAAGGAUCGGCCGGUGGCACUAG